AUGGUUCAGGAUGUCUUCUCGCUGCACAACAUCGUCGGCCGCGACGAGACAGCAUUUCCGUUUUCCAUCAAGGACUACCAGAAAUAUGUAUUUGGCGACGACCGACUAGCGCAUCGCUUGGGCACGGACCUAGCUCGAGCCUUCAUUCCCACCAUCUCGAACCCUACAGACGACUUCGCAGUUGCCGUGCUAUCCGAAAAAGUCCCCACGGCCACGCACAGGCUGCGCAACCACUUUGUGGCUUACCUCAACCGGCACCUGAUAGCGAAUAACGCAACCCCGGCCCUCAAAAUCGACUUUCACGAUGCGGGGGUGAACGCACAUGCGCGGAACGGUCCGGAUUGCAAGAAAAAGGGCUCAUAUCACAUCGAUGUGGAACGCCUGGGGAGCAGGACUCUGAUAGUACUGGCUGAGAUCCGAACGAGCCAAGACCGCGAAGACCGGAUACGAUCGUCGUUCGGAGAGCGUGGCAUAACGACUGUCUUCGCCUAUCUUGCAUCCCUGAGCGGCUCCGCAACGACUGCAGCGAUCUCGUCCUUCUUAUCUCAAGUCGUCAGCCCAUCUAUGAGAGACAUCGAAGACAUUGCGCAUGCCACCAAAUUCGUCAUGAAUGAAUGCUUUGUUCAAUUCGUACUGGGGAGGGAGUACGCGGAGUUCUGCAAAUUCAUAAGACGACAAGACGACUACUUCGCGAGGGAGUUGUUAGAUCACGCUAUCGGUGGUCACUACUACAACAAUGAGGAUUAUGAGCAUAAUGUAAAGUUUCUGAUAUGGGAGACCGAGGCGCGGGAAAGCGUGUAA